AUGUACGCCCGCACAACGACCUUGCUGAGCAGAAGCUGCCGAUACCUCUUGCGGUCUCCCGUCGCCCCGAAAGCGUCGUUUUCGAUUUCCGCGCGCACUCUCGCAGCCGCUAACGCAGCCAUGGCCGAUACUGCUCAGGGAGUUGUUACUCCGGACUUGCUCAGGGGAAAAUUGGUAGACCAGUUGCAGGCGCAGCAUGUUGAGAUUGAGGAUUUGUCUGGAGGCUGUGGACAAGCGUUCCAAGCCGUUAUCGUUUCGCCGCAAUUCGAGAAAAAGACCAUGCUUGCACGUCAUCGGUUGGUGAACUCGGCCUUGAAGGCGGAGAUUGCCGCUAUCCAUGCUUGGACACCUAAAUGCUACACACCUGAGCAGUGGGUUCAGCAGCAGGGAGGAUCUUCUUAA